AUGUCAGUUGCCUCACCCAUUAAUGGUUCCGGGCUUGAUGCAGAGCCACUACUUGAAACUGACUUGAAGAGAAAAGUUAAUGAUGAACUCCUCAGUUCGUCUUUUAACAAGGACACAUUUGUCACAAUACAAAAUGGCGGUAGUGGUGAUCAUAAUAAUAAUAAUAAUAAUAAUAAUGAUGAUGAUGAUGAUGAUGAUGGACGUAAAAUAAAGCGAGCCAAGUUGUCGGAGUCCGAGCAAGAACCAGAACACGGGAAAGUACACAACGAGACAGAGGAAGAUAAUGCCAAAGAGUGGAUGCCACCUUCAAUUACAAGUAUCGAGAACUUCUCCAAUUUUAAAACCACAACGUAUUCAUCCAAAGUGCCACAAUCGAUUCUUGAGAACCCCGAGGAGCCCGUAGAACUCGGGGUCGAUGAAGCAGGGAGAGGUCCUGUGUUGGGCCCAAUGGUUUACGGUAUUGCCUACUCUUUACUGAGUUUUCUGAAAUGUUUACAAAAGCAAUAUGGGUUUGCCGAUUCUAAACAAUUAACAGGUGACAAAAGGGAACUGCUAUUUAAAAUGAUGGAAGAUACCCACAUUGAGAAUGGGCUAAGCAAACAUGUGGGAUGGGCAACUACAACAAUGACUGCAAAGGAUAUCUCGCUGGGGAUGUUGCGACUGGUGAGUAAUGGCAAAGGUGUUUACAAUCUAAACGAGCAGGCGCACGAUGCAACGAUUGAACUUAUCCGGCUCAUUCUUAGUAAAGGUGUCAACAUUACGGCAAUUUACGUGGAUACAGUAGGACCUCCUGCAACAUACCAGGCUAAAUUGAAGAAAUUGUUCCCAACCAUUGACAUAACAGUGACGAAAAAGGCCGAUAGUAUAUACCCGAUUGUUAGUACAGCAUCCGUUGUUGCCAAGGUGACAAGGGAUUUGAACUUGAAGUAUGCGAACCAACACAUCAACUUACUCAAGAACCAUGCAUUGGGUUCGGGGUAUCCGAGUGACCCAAACACUAGCUUCUGGUUAAACCAUAACGUUGAUCCCAUUUUUGGUUGGUGCUUUGGGUUUAUCCGUUUUUCCUGGCAAACAGCAAAGGACUGCUUGAUUAAGCACAAUGCAGUGCCUGUGAUCUACAGAGACCAAUGUGAGAGGACAAAGGGGUACAAAGACGUGUCGCAAUUGAUGAAGGACAGCAGUGAGGAUGGAAAACAGGGCCGGAUUAGCAAAAUGCAUUAUAACAGCGACUUAGUUGAGCUAUAG